UAUUACCGGAGGUAGGCCGGAGGGUCGAAUGAUAAGUAAGCCAAAAUCACCUACCCCUGAACCUGAAGAAAAUGACUAUUAUUCAUCUGGCCCAUCAACAGGCGAAACUAGCAACUUCACUACUUAUUUUGUGAACACCAUUUCUGUCCCACGGGACGAAAACGAAAGCGACGAAAAAUGUGGGCCGAGCUGCUAUCAAAUUGAUAUGCCCCCUUUUAGCUGGAAAAGAUUAUGGGCUUUUACAGGGCCUGGUUUCCUUAUGAGUAUUGCGUACCUGGACCCAGGUAACAUUGAGUCAGAUCUGCGUUCUGCAUCUCUUGCCGGAUUUCAGUUGCUAUUCGUGUUAUUUGUUGCAACUAUAAUGGGUUGGAUGAUGCAACGCCUUGCUACGCGAUUGGGCGUCGUCACGGGACUGAACUUAGCAGAAGUUUGCAACAGAAAAUACAAGAAAAUUCCGCGGAUAUUUUUGUGGAUCAUGGUUGAAAUUGCCAUUAUCGGAUCUGACAUGCAGGAAGUAAUAGGAAGUGCAAUCGCAUUUGUCUUGCUUUCAGGCGGUGCUAUACCACUAUGGGCUGGAGUAUUGAUCACAGCAAGUGACGUGUUCAUCUUUCUUACGUUGGAUAAAUACGGUUUGCGUAAAUUGGAGGCAUUGUUCGGAGUUCUUAUCACAACUAUGGCCCUUACAUUCGGAUACGAGUACGUAGUUGUUGCUCCCGAUCAGUCGGAAGUAGUGGAAGGCCUGUUUUCACCAGUGUGUAAAAAUUGCGGUUCUCAGCAACUACUUCAAGCUGUCGGUAUUAUCGGCGCGGUUAUUAUGCCUCACAACAUUUAUCUGCACUCUGCCUUAGUCAAAUCUAGAGACAUCGACAGAACCAAACCGCGAAUGGUCAGAGAAGCAAACUUCUACUAUCUAAUCGAAGCUGCUAUCGCGUUGACUAUUUCAUUUACAAUAAAUUUGUUUGUGGUUGCAGUUUUUGCUGAAUCAUUUUACGGCGUUACAAAUGCGGAACUGAAUGCCAAAUGUGCAAACACGACCAUCCCAAACAGCGCUGGUGCUUUUAGCUUCGACGAAACCACGGCAAAUCAAACAGCGCACACCGACCUAUUCAAAGGCGGUAUAAUUUUAGGUUGUUACUUUGGUCCCGUUGCGUAUUACAUUUGGGCAAUUGGAAUUCUUGCCGCAGGUCAGAGUUCAACGAUGACUGGAACAUAUUCUGGCCAGUUUGUCAUGGAAGGAUUCUUGGAUCUCAAAUGGUCAAGGUUCAAACGAAUUCUUCUCACAAGAUCAAUUGCUAUUGGCCCUACACUUCUCAUGGCUAUUUUCACCGAUGUAUACAGUUUAACCGGACUAAAUGACUUGCUGAAUGUACUUCAAAGUCUUCAGUUACCCUUUGCACUCAUCCCAUUACUACAUUUUACCACAUCUUCGGAUGUCAUGAAAGAUUAUAAAAAUUCUUGGAUCUGGUUCACAAUCGGCACCCUACUUUCACUUACAGUUAUUGGAAUAAACAUAUUUUUCGUCGUCGUGUAUAUUGGGCAACUUCCCCACAUUGCUUGGUACAUUUUUGCUGCAAUAAUAGCCAUAUGCUACCUUGUUUUCGUGUUAUAUCUCGUUUUCCUAUUAAUUUCAAAUCUAUUUGGAGUCUGUAACUUUGGCGUUGGUACAAAUGCUUACACUCUAGAAAUGACGAAUGUGAACGACAUGUACGAUGAUCGAGAUGAUGAUAUUUAUGACGAACCGAAUCCUUCUAAUAUUCAUUGUUCGUAGUAUCAAGGUUGAUCCGUAAGAAAGUUUUGUAUACCAUAAGCACCAAUGACAGAGUCGACGUUUGGUUGGAGUCUGCCUCCUGGUUGUUUUAAAAGUUUUCAAUCAGUCAAACAAAAAUAAACAAAUAUAUUGCAUCAUCAGUAUUAUUUAAAUUAUCAUUUGCACAUUAGCA